AUGGUCAGUGUAGGAAAGAUAGAAAUGCUUCCAACACUUGGUCAUUGUGAAGAUUCGGCCUGUUCGGUAUCAUCAUCUCAUAAAUUAGUACGAUUAUUUCGUUGUUCAAUUCAUUGUGAUCGUAACUUGUGCUUACACCAUUUAAAUGCACAUAAUGUGUAUUACGAAGAAGAAAAAAAACAAAAUGAUAUGGUUGUGUAUGAAUUACAAAAAUGUUUAAAUUUAUACCAAUCAAUAUUUGAUCAACAAAUACUUUCUUAUCGUGAACUUGUUCGUCAAGCAACAACAGUGUUGUUAAAUAAUACAUCAUCACUUGUUCCAAUAGAUCAAAUUCGACCUGUUAUAGAAAGAAUUCAACAAGCCAUUGCAAUUUUUCAAGGAGAAAAAAUUAUUAUAAAAUGUGAAUCAAUAACCGAUAUAAGUGAUGGUGAAAAUGAAAAAACUAAAGGUGGAAGUAGUAAUGCUUCGGAUCAAAAAGUUAUUUUACGUUUUCCACGAGUUGAAUGUGUUAAAAAUAAUGUUCUAUCUGAAAAUAAGCAUAAAUCUGCCAAUAAUGGGAGUGUAAAUAACUUGAAAGAUAAAGAACCAGAAAAACAAGUCCGAUCUCCUUGUGCAGAAAGAACAAGAGGGAAAGGAGUGAAAAGAAAGGCUUCACCAUUGAAACGCAUACAAAAAUAA